AUGCUCAAAUUCUCAUUGGCUUUUAAAUGUGUUUCUUUAAAGUUGGAGAGUCUUGAAGUUCUGAAGAAAACAUUCAAGAAGUUGGACCACGAUGUUGAUAUCCAAGAGUUCCUUGGUUCCAGCACCCAAACGGUUGAGGAGAUAACUAAUCACUGGUCGUCAUUGCAUGGUCAACUAUUAGAUGUACAAAAAAGACUCAGCAAUUGGGCUGACCCAGACAAGAUUGAUAACAUAAACCAUAUUACCACAAUGGAACAAUCUCUUAAGGAAUCUCUUGGCCAAAUUCAAGUGCAUAAGGAGAACUUUGGAAAGCAACUUAUUUCUGUAGAUUACAGUGGCCAGAAUGACAUCCAUCCAUCCACAGGAUUAGGCUGUGAGCAAGGAGCCUCACCCGUUUCAUGGCUUCAUAUCAAUGAUGAUCAGCAAUUGAUGCUUCCACAAGAUGCUAAUCUGCUACCUUGGAGCAAUAUUAGAGAAAAGAGCUGGCUGAUGGCAGGAGUCUUCAGUAAAUACAAACUUAAUCCAUUGCUUCGAACAAUAUCUAGGCAACUGGCGAUACGAAAUGGAACCAUAGAGUACUGGUAUGAUCGUUGUGUAUUCCUGUAACAGGAGAAUGUUUUAGAUAAUACUCUGCCGAUGGUGCUCAACCGUGCAGCCAUUCAACCGUGUUUAGGUUGUUUGUAGGUCAUGAGGUUUCGUCUUCUCCUCUUGUUUCUUUUUCCUUUUUCCUUUUUUUUUUCCCUGUAGUUGUUGAU